GGUAGCUGGACAGAGCAUUACUCUUGGAUCCUGUGUCUUAACCAGAGAGCUGAGCUCUGCGUUUGAAAAAGUUUGAGCAAAUAAGCUGACAAAUAUCUAACACCACAAGAUGGGAAGCAGAAUUAGCUCAGAGAACAAGGAGUCAGCCAAAAGAUCAAAGGAACUGGAGAAAAAGCUUCAGAAAGAUGCUGAGAGAGAUGCAAGAACUGUGAAGUUGCUGUUAUUAGGAGCAGGAGAAUCUGGAAAAAGUACUAUCGUUAAACAAAUGAAGAUCAUCCAUAAGAAUGGUUACAGUGAACAAGAAUGCAUGGAGUUCAAAGCAGUAAUUUACAGUAAUACAUUGCAAUCCAUCCUAGCUAUUGUGAAAGCCAUGGAUACCCUUGGGAUUGAUUAUGUAAAUCCCAGAAGUUCAGAAGACCAACAGCAGCUUUCUGCGAUGGCAAAUGCCCUGGAAGAUGGCAGCAUGACCCCCGAACUAGCUGAGGUAAUCAAACGGCUAUGGAGUGAUCCAGGAACCCAGGCCUGCUUUGAAAGGGCAUCAGAGUAUCACCUCAGUGACUCAGCAGCUUACUACCUUAAUGAUGUAGACAGAAUAACAGCACCUGGAUAUGUCCCAAAUGAGCAGGAUGUUCUACAUUCUCGAGUGAAAACAACUGGAAUCAUUGAAACUCAAUUCUCCUUUAAAGACUUGUACUUCAGAAUGUUUGACGUAGGUGGACAGAGAUCUGAGAGAAAGAAAUGGAUUCACUGCUUUGAAGGAGUCACGUGCAUUAUAUUUUGUGCUGCACUCAGUGCCUAUGACAUGGUCUUAGUGGAAGAUGAAGAGGUGAACAGAAUGCAUGAAAGCCUUCUCCUGUUCAACAGUAUCUGUAAUCACAAGUAUUUUGCAACCACCUCUAUUGUCCUAUUUCUCAAUAAAAAAGAUCUCUUCCAAGAAAAAAUAACCAAAGUGCAUCUUAGUAUCUGCUUUCCAGAGUACACUGGGCCAAAUACAUUUGAAGAUGCAGGGAACUACAUCAAGAAUCAGUUUCUAGACCUGAAUUUAAAAAAAGAAGAUAAGGAAAUUUAUUCUCACAUGACUUGUGCUACAGAUACCCAAAAUGUCAAGUUCGUGUUUGAUGCAGUUACAGAUAUAAUAAUCAAAGAGAAUCUGAAAGACUGUGGGCUUUUCUAAUCAAUUCUUUUUUCUUCCAUUCUUGCUCAUGUAGGUUUUUCAACAUUAAAAGGAAAGGUGCUGUAUGACAUGUUUAGUUUUAAUAGAUAUAAACUUAUCCAGAAAUACAGUGUGUUACAAGGCAAAAUUUUUUUCACAAAAAUUUUAAUGUACUGCCACCUUUAUUUGGAUAAGAUUCCAUUUCUAUGGGGCAAUGAGGAUGGGUUAUCUUUGAUAUCCUCAGGUCUUGAAAACUGGUAUAUUUUGGUAAUGUUCGGUGACACUGAAUUUAGUUGGAACUACUUUUCUGCAUUGUGCCUAUUUUUAAUCAUAGAACAAUGAAAAAUGCAAGAUAUUCCAUAUUAUUUCCAUUGGCCAGAUUUUGAGAGGCAUUCAUUUUUGCUGAUAAUGUAACUGUGCCUAUAUGUAGAAACUGUUCAGAGACGAUAUUUUAUUGGUCAGUUAAUACCAUUUAGUCAGUUGCAAAUGAAAUGUUCAUUAUACAUGUACCUGUUGAUAGGAAAUUAUAUAUGCAAAAGAAAUAUAAUUUUUUCUGCUAUAUUUUUUUUCCCUUAGGAAAAAAUCAUUAAUGUUGAAUUUACCCUUAGAAUUGAGGAUUCCAAUAAUAUAUCCUUUUGCAACAACCUAGUUGAAAACAGGGCCAUGUAUGGUCAAGUACAUAGUGUAAAGCUGUUCAGGCUGAAUAAAAGACCUCAAUGGACAUUUCUCACAAUUUAUUCUAGAGUGGCAUGAACAUUAUUAUAAUUAAUGGUUUUGGAACAACAAUUCUAGACUGCAAGAGAGAAAAAUAAUUCUAUGUCUCAGCACUAGUAUAUUUUGAUUUUAUGAAUAAGAAGUUGGAAGUAACAACAUAAAAUUAAGGAGUUUUUUAGAAGAGAAACAUGGAGUCUCUCUGUUAGUACUGUAUGGUCUACUCUAAAUGUCAUACAGCAUGCCAAUGGUGAAAGACUACUUUUUAAAAGAUAACUUGGUGCCUUAAAUCAUAUUAUUUACAAACAGAAAAGAAUGACUUUUUAAAAAGUGUGUUCUUUAACAGCAUGUACUUUGUAAACAUGUCUCAAUAUUGUUUACCCUCUAUACUUGUAGAAGGUGAGAGGUCAGAAUAGUAGGUCAGUGCAUAAGAUUUAUAACCACUCUGAAAAGAUAACUAAUUAGGUUUUUAUAAAUUAAAUGAGAUGAAGUGAACAUAAAUGAAGCAAUCUGCCAAUCUAGUUCAGAACUUAGGUAGCUCUCAGUAUCUCAGUGCUACUACUUCAUUGUUCUGUAAUACAUUUCCAUUCUAAACACAUAACAAUGAUCGCUAACAGAGUUAAGUAACCUUGACUAGAGUGUCUCUGGCCCUAUUUUCAAAAAUACAAAGAAGUUAUCAACAAAUACAGUUUAAUAAAAAAAGCCAUAGUAAGAAAAAGUAAUUUGAACUGCUUUGCAGAAUACAGAUUACUAAGGAGUCUCUGAUACCACAGACAAAAAAAAUGAGGCAAUAUUCAGUUCAGGUUAUUUGAUAUUUUCUGAUUAAGAACCAAUAUCUAUGUAACAACAGCCCAGUGUUUUGCUAGGAGAUAGUCAAUGCUAUGAGAUUGUAAAUUAAGAUUACAAAUGCUAAAAUUUUCAUUCAUUGCUUUGUCUUUUUUUUCCCCCUCCCAUUCUAUUUUAACCUGUUUUCUUCAUCAGUAUGAAGAGAAUUUUCCAGAAAGGAGUAAGACAUUUUUUAAAAUAUAACUGUUAUUACAUUUUAACUGACUUGCUUUGAGGGGUUCCUCUUUUAGAUAACAUAGGUGGAAAGGGUGGGGUCAGAAAUUAUUCAAUUUUUGAAAAACACGUAACUCACUUCAAUCUGUGCAAAAAAUUGACAGGCAUCAAUAUUUAUUUAUGAAACAUUAUUCUCUGAGACCUUGAAUAAGUUAAGUGAUCAAACAAAAAUUAGAGGAGUCAGUUUAGAUUUUUUCUUUUAAAAAAGCUGUUAAAUUCCUUCCAAUCCUAUGAUUGAAAUUUAAAAUCUUUUUCAUAAUCAACAAUACUUGCUAUGCUAAACAAUGAAUUUUAAUUAAGACAAAAAAUUUUAAUAGCGAAAAAUAAAAUAGAUGUUUGCAUUACUUUUUAAGAUCAUUGCACUCCUUAAAACUUGGUCUCUUCCUGAUUUUACUUUUGAAAUUUUUAACAAAAAAAGAGUAGAUGCAUACAUUUUGGGCUAACAAAGGAAGUGACAAAGUGGAAAAUAUGGAAAGCUAUUCCUUAGCUGAAAGACACUCACACUGAGACCAGCAAUGUUAACGUUAGUUAGAAAUGAAACACUUGUUUCAAUUGAAAAUUCAACUUUAAUUUUAACUGGACAGUUGGUGUUCUUGCUUUUAUAGUGUCUGUAAGAAGCAGUCCUAGUUUGUCAGAGUUCAAUAUGAUUACACUGAUUUUUUCCUGUGAGUUCUCCUUCCUGACUCCGAAUGUUUCCAAAUCUUGCUUGUCUCAGUUUGUAAUACUCCCAACGCAUCCAUUUGUAAGAUGUGUCCAAUCAUACACAUGCUGUUCUACCUCAGACACCUGGUGGAGGCUUAUAUCUAAUGGGGCCAUUAACAACUAGUUCUUGCAAAGUUCUCCCAGCAGCAUGAAGUGGUCAAUAUAUGAAGCUCUGCAUCUUGGACUAGUGACCAGAGAGUUAAAUGAAGACUAGUAAGUGGAUAUACUUUUGAGCGAAAAUAUAAAAGUUGGUAAGUCUACAAAGAAGCUUUAUGGGAAAGGAGUUUUAAGUCCUGUGGAAUUUACAAUACACAUUAUAGAUUUCCAAUAUCCUAUACAUUAACAAAAUUUAUAAACAAAUAACAGUCUUUGUGUACAUCAUACAAAUGGACAGUUUCAGGUCAAUUGGCCUGUUCUAUUACAAAUUUUCUUGCUUGAUCUAUUAUCCUAUUUAAUCGCAAAAUAUAUUUUAAAAUAAUUGCAGAGAAUCACUCAGGUUUGACUUAAACACUAUGUACAUACAGAAAAAUAAGUCUUUUUUUUGUAGAUUUAUGUGUUUUUACUGUGUUAUACCACUUCAGAAUCAGAGGUGGUGUGUUGUUUAACAUGUAUGGCUACUAAAAAAACAUUUGUAGGGACUAUAGGCAAAAUGGUGGCUCCUCUGGCUUAGGGUAGCUUUGAAAAUAGAGAGAACCUUCGGUGGGGGACAGAGAAACAUUCACUAGAUAAUAUAAUCAGUUAACGCCCUCUUACCACUUAGGCCUUUCUGACAUUCUUACAAACUAGUCUGUAGCCACAGGGGGGCACACUUACAUCAUGGUUUUCUACCCAAAUGUUGCAGACAAUAAAUUUAGAUUACCAAUAGCUUUAAUAAAACAGAUAAUAAAAUCCUAUUAAAAAUCAUAGUUCAUUUUGUGCUCAAGCUCAGUAGUGUAUAAUAAUUUGAUAAUCAUAAUAUACACACUAUUUUAGUCAAGUUUUGUGAAAACAAAACUACUGAAACAUCUCUAAACAUUUUUAGGGUUAUACACAAAUAGCCAGGUCUUUUCUCCUUUUUUUUCCCACCAUUUUCAAAUUGUUUGUUACUAUUAAUUGUGGAAAGUGUAUUUUUCCAUUAAUCUGUAUUGUGCCUAAGAUCUUGAUUAGCUUAUAGUGAAAGGUAGAAAAAUAAUUGAUGCCUAACAACUGUUUUGUGAAUAAUCAACUGGCUGCUUAUUAGUGUGUAUCUUUUCAGUAAAUUAAAGCAAAAUUCCA